GUUUGUUUAACUUUAAAUGCUUUAAAAAGAGGAAAUAAUCUAAGUAAGGUUUUACUUCGAUUAAAUUUUAAAAUGUUGACAAUACAGCGAUCUGCAUUAUGCAAUUUAUUCGUCUUCUCAGUGCUUCCAGAGUAGAGAAUCUUUUAUAAAAAGCUGCAGAUGGUCUGACUUGCUCCAUCUGGCUUUGGUGAACUAUGUACUCCAAUCACAAUGCUGGUUUCAUUGAAAGGAAACUCAACAGACAUGCAACAACCAUUUUGAUUGGAGGAAUUUUCCUGACUCUUAGUGGUUUGAUGUACAUGGCUAUGUGCACAAUGUCGUGUGAUGACCGUACCUAUGGGCUGGUGAAAGAUGAUCUUGUGCAUGCCCAAAGCAAGGCUUUUUGGAAGAAACAUUUUCUAGCACCGUCUCGAGAAUUGACUGCACAUUUGGUGGUUCUUGUGUUAACGGCACCAGAUUAUCGACAUCAGAGAGAUGCUAUUCGGGAAACAUGGCUACAAAACCUGCCUAAGAAUUGUCUUGUUCGCUUCGUGAUUGGAACAGCGUCACUCGAAGAGUCUCUUUCCAGCCACAUCGAGAGAGAGCAGACAAUACACAAAGAUCUUCUGCUUCUGUCAGAGCACAAGGAAACAUACACAGCUUUAACCAGCAAACUUCUGCAAGCUUUUAAAUGGCUUGAUCAAAAUGUAGAUUUUCAAUAUGUACUCAAAGUAGAUGAUGACAGUUUUGCACGUUUGGAUUUAAUUCUUGAUGUUCUAAAAUCAAAACCAAAAGAGCGUUUAUACUGGGGAUUUUUUGAUGGCCGUGCUCAUGUUAAAAAACUUGGAAAGUGGGCAGAGAAAGAUUGGAUUGCCUGUGAUCGCUAUUUGCCAUAUGCUUUAGGUGGUGGUUAUGUUCUUUCAAAUGACUUGAUUCACUUUGUUGUGAGCAAUGCGAACUAUCUGAAAAUGUUUUUAAGCGAGGAUGUGUCACUGGGCUCUUGGCUUGCUCCUCUCGACAUAAACCGGGUCCACGAUUCGAGGUUUGACACUGAGUACAAAUCACGAGGCUGUAACAACGCCUACCUGGUGACUCACAAACAGUCUGUGAUUCAGAUGAGAGACUUGUAUCAAAACAUUCAGUCCAGUGGAAAACUUUGUCGUAGUGAACACAGAGUUCGUAACUCAUACAUUUAUAACUGGCAUACUCAACCUACAUUUUGUUGUAUUAGAAAUGACAGUUCGAUACCAUAGUACAUGUAGAUCCAAUCUACAUUUUUCUGGUUUCCAUUCCACCACUGGUUUUCAAUUGCUCAGGGCUUCUAAAUUAUGGUUGCCCCACUCCCAUGGCUAAUGAUAUUCAAUGUUGGGCUAGUAAAUAACUACUAUUGCCAUGCAUGAUGGUUAGUGAAAAAAGUUGUCAAUUGCUGCAUUUAAGUCUAUUUUGUAAAUACGAAUAUCCUACCUGCUCAAAUCUAAUGGUUUUUAUGGUAUAUCUCCAUCUAUAGGUGACAUAUCCAGUUGUUAAUAUUAGUAAAAUGUACUUGAGUAAAGUAGGGCUAGUAAAUUUUUAAUCGUGGCUAGUAAAUUUUUUAAAUCAUUGAUCCCAUGGCAAGUGGAUUUUUAUAAAAUUCUAGAAGCUCUGUUUCUAAUAAUGAAGUCAUUAACCUGUUAAAUAGUGUAUUUCAAUACACAAUGCAAGACCAAAUUUUGUUAUAAAAUAUUAAUACUAAUUAAUACAUAAACUCAGUAGUUACUAGGCAAACACCCUUGUUUCUGUGGAAACUUAUAAUUUGUUUCAUUUUAGAUCAGAUUAAUUUUAAGCUACAUGUACCACACAUUGGGUUUGACAAAAUUGAUAAUUUAAGCAAAAGGUUUAAGUAACAACUAAUGUCAGCAGUUUAAGAAGAUUUAUUUACUUCAGUUACAAUUUUAAAACAAAUUUCUUAACUUUGGUUGUUAAUAACUAUACUUGUAAACAUAACCUUUCUUAAUUUUAGUUCAAAAACGUUAAUUUUAGUUCAAAACAAAUACUUGUAUGUACAUAACCUUUCUUAAAUUUAGUUAAAAAAUAUAAUACUUGUAAACAUGACAUUUUUCAAUUUUAAUUAACAGCUAAUACAUUUAUACAACUUCUUAAUUUUAAUUUUAGUUAAAAAUUCAAACUCAUAUUUCUUAAUCAGUGCUUAAUCUAUUGUAAUUUAAGAUGUUUAAAGCAUUACUGUGUGAACUUGUGUAAUAAUAUCAAGACGCUGCCAUGGACACCAUUUGAGAUAGAAAUUGUAUUACAUUUUGUGUAUUUUUAAAAUCUAUACUAACCAUAUUUAAUCUGUUGAACUCCCAAGUUUUGUUAUUUUGUUUUUGUCUGAACAUUCACAAAUAUGUUAUUGAUUACCAAGAUGUUCUAAAAUCAUUAUUUUUCGGACAAUUAAUAGCAAUCAGAUACUGAGGACAUAUUAGUAUUCUUAAAUUCUGAGGCCCAGUUAAUAAAUGUGUUAAAGUUUUAACUUAAUUUCUUAAUAUCCAGUUCAUAAUAAAAACAAAAAGAGACCAUAAUGCCUCUACUAAGUGGUUAUGAGUGUGAAAUGUUUUGAAAUUGGGUCACUGCAUUUCAUGCUUUGACAAAUUUUAAAAAAGCAGGUCUUAUUAAGCUAUCGUCUAUCCAAAAAUUAUUAAUUUGCAAGAUUUUAGGGUACAUAAUUUUACUAUCUGUACCCUCUGGCAGAAAUCCUGCUUGUCCCAAGAUAUGUGUACGAGGUUCCUAAUAUGGGAACAAAUAUCAAAAGUGAUUUGUGAGUGUCCCGACAAAGUUUUACAAGCACAAGGUUGUGAACAAUUGACUGGACUGGAGUGAGGAUUCCCCACCCCCUACAGAAAGCAUUGGCUGAUUUCAUACUUAAAAUGUACAUGUAAGUUGUAGCUGGGUUAUAUCCUAUGGGUUUACACUGGACCCACUUUUUAUAAACAAAUAAAACACUAUACAAAUUGAA